AUGCCUCUGCGCUCCCUCCGCAACAACCGCAGCGACCGAGACCUCAAGCGGCGGAGCACCCUCGAUCCCGCAGGCCUCUUCAGGCGCGCCGACAAGGACUCGCGCUUCACAAAGUCGACCGACAACCUCGACCCCGCCCGCCCUGCCGCCCCCGACCACGGCCAUGGCCUCCGCCCGGCCUCGUCUGACAUUGCGCGGCCCUCGACCGGCCUCGAUGAUGAUGACGACUCCCCGCCCUCGCCGCCCGUCCACCACCACACGCCCAACACCAGGCGCUUCAGCCUGAUGCGCUUCCGCCAUGCCUCGGACUCGCAGCUCUCGACGCGCGCAAAGGAGCACGACGCCGCCGACACGCCCGACGACGACGUCCCCCCCGUGCCGCCCGUGCCUGCUGUGCCGCCAGUGCCCGCUGUGCCCGCCACCGCAGCGACCCCCGCCAUCAUCACCACGGCGCCCUCGCAACCCGACCACGACGACCAUGCCAAGCCCACCCCCAAGAGGAGCCGCAUGCAGCAGCUCGCCCUGCGCAGGCGCUCCUUCGACCCCAGCCUGACGGACAAGCCCACGGCGCUGCGCAAGUCCAUGGACCGGAAGCGGAGGCCCCUGGCUUUUACCAACGGCAAUGGCAGUCUGCACCACCCCCCCAACGACCACGACCACGACCACACCAACACCAACACCAACAACACCACCGACGACGACCACGACGACGCCGACCCGCGCCCGCCGGCCACGCCGCGCCAGCCAGACGUGCUUGCCGACCCCCGCGAGUCCGUCGAGAGCACCACCCCCUUGGCCCCUCCUGCCACCAGGGCCUCCGAGUCGUCCAGGUCAGACGGAAGCUCCGGCGUCCACAUCUCCUUUGACACCACACCACGGCCCAGCCACCCCGCCCGCGUGGGCUCUGCACGCUUUGGCUUCGGCCGCCGCAAGCAACGCGCAUCCCUAUUCCCCCUCCCCGCAAAGGUCGAGCCCCCGCAAUUCCCCGACACUGCACCUGCCACGCCACGUGCCUCGACGGGCGCGAGGAGCACAGCCUCGACCCAUCACUCGCCCACCGCCAGCCCGCCACUGACUGCCCGCCGCUUCGACAAUGGAGACGCUCGGUCACACACGCCGCCAGUCCAUGCUGCAUCGCAAGUUGCUCUAGCUGUUGGUGCUUUGAAUUUGGCCUCACCUGGUUCAGGUGCCCUCAUUCGCAACGACUCGUACAGGUCAACCCAGUCGGCCCACUCGUCGGGAAACAACAACAACGGCCAGGCCCGCCUGGGGCUCCGCGGCCGCUCCUCCACCAUGGGCUCGUUAAGCGCGCGGUCUGACGAUGCCGGAUCGCCCACUCCCCCCGGAGGCCCCAGCGGCAGAACGUCCAUAUCCACUGCAGGGCGGAGCAGCUUCAGCAAUCUCUUUGGUCUCGGUGCAAGAUUCCGUCAGAACUCCGAGCCGCACUCACCCCGACAUGGUUCACCUGCUCACGGCUUGCUAGGAAACUCUGCCCUAUCCUCCCACCAGAACUCAAUGAACAUUAGUCGUGAAACACUGAUACUGCCGGAACGCGAAGAGGGCGAGACCCCAGGCCGAUACCUGGAGCGCAUCGAGGCAAACAACUUUGACAAGAGCGUCGUGGCCAGCUACCUCAGCAAGACGGACGACCCCUUUCUGCUCGCCGUCUUACGAAGCUACAUGCGGAAAUUUGCCUUUUUCGGCGACCCAAUCGACAUGGCCAUUCGCAAACUGCUCAUGCAGGUAGAGCUGCCCAAAGAGACACAGCAGAUUGACCGUGUGCUCCAGGGCUUCGCCGACCGCUAUCACGAGUGCAAUCCCGGCAUCUACAUCAACACAGACAAGGCGUACUUUAUAUCCUUCUCCAUCAUCAUUCUCCACACCGACGUCUUCAACAAGAACAACAAACGAAAGAUGCAGAGGCCCGACUAUAUCAAAAACUCGUCUUGCGAAGGCGUUUCGGCGGAUGUGUUGGGCUGUUUUUACGACAACAUUGUCUAUACUCCAUUCAUCCACAUCGACGACGAGGUCGAUCUGAAAAACAUUACCUCGAAGAAAAGCAAAAGAACCGCCGUCCUCAAAGGACCCAUGAACGACCCAACGAGAAAGGCAGCUAGGGAACCCAUUGACCCGUACACUUUGAUUUUCGAGGGCAAGCUCGACGCUCUCCGUCCGACGAUCCGCGAUGUCAUGCAACUCGACGAUCCCUACAAUUACACGGGCACUGCGGCGACAUUAGACACCAAGAACAUUUACAAACUCUUCUCCAAGUACGGCGUGAUCCAAAUUGUGUCUUCUAGAUCGAGGCCCGAGGCGUUCAUGUCGGAAGCUGCCCAGGAAAACCCGCUCGGUACUUCUGUGGGGAUUGUGGAAAUGCCCGUGACCAAGGUUGGAAUUCUAUGGAGAAAAGACACCAAGAAGAAAAAGGCGCGAUCGCCGUGGCAAGAUUGGGGUGCUGUGCUUACGCGCUCAGGGUUAUCCUUGUUCCGCAAUUCUACAUGGACGAGAAGUUUGAUGGCCCAGCACGAUCAGCAUCUGAAACGUGGCGAUGCCGGCCCUGUCGUCUUCCAGCCGGCCCUGCCGGAUUUCAAGCAAGAUCACAUCAUACCCAUGGACGGCGCAGUCGCGCUUGUUGACAAUACUUACAAGAAGCACAAGCACGCUUUCGUCAUGUUUUCCAAGGUAGGCGAGGAAACGUUUUUAGCCGAUAGUGAGAAGGACUUGAAUGAGUGGCUGGGCGUGCUGAAUUACACGGCUGCAUUUGAGACGCUUGGGGUCCGAUCACGAGGCAUGAUUGGUGGCCUGUACGAAGGGCAGAAGAAUCGGGGCAUGAGGCGGCUAGAGUCUUCACAUUCCACCAAGACAAUACCAACAUCCACGGGCGAGGUAACGAUCCAGAGCGGCAAGAUCGACAGUCAGUUUGCACAACAAAUGAUGAACGCUCGCAAGGACCUCAUGCAGAUGCGCAUAUCCGAGUCCGAGGACAAGCUCACCGCGGCAAUCAAAGAGUUGGAGGCACGCCUAAGAGACGCCAGGCAUCUUCAGAUUCUCGCGCCUAUACAGCCAAAGACUCGAGAGCUCAUCAUCCAUGCAGCUGGCCGCUUGUCGGCCAAGUUAAAGUGGACUCGUAUCGAGAUUUGGCGGAUGAAGUGUCACCGUGAUAUACUCGCCCAGGAACUAGAGGACGAAAGGCAGGGUGGCAUAGACAGACCAGCACAGUCAGAUCGAGCCUCGGAACUCCAGCAGCCCCAGCUUUCCCCUCAACAGUCCCACAAAGGGUCCAAGGUCAGUGGUUUAGCAAGGCUGACUUCGAAAACCAGCUCGCUUACCAGCGGGCAUAAGCCGCCCCCGCUGUCCCCUGGCUCGUCGGCUCGGCCAGAGACCAAGUCGUCGAGGGAAACCGAUUUUGGCGGCGACGAAGCCUUCAAAACGCCGCCUGAAACAUCUCGACAAUCAAGCCCCAAAGAUCCAUCUGCCCAUUUCCAGGCAGCUCCCAUCUCGCUGAGUCCUAGCGUAUCAGACCGUCGAAGUUCGGUCGGCAGCCUUUCUGCGCAUUCCCCAAGGACCUAUGUUCCGGGCCACCGGCCUUCUAUAUCAACCACAGGAGACGGCACAGCAGGCUCCGACUUUGACUCUGACUCUGACGAUGGGUCUCGGUACGCCACUCCGCCGCCCGGUGAAGCGCCAGACCUCGAAUUCAAGUCACCCGAAGUAUCGCCCAUGGACACAACUCGACCGGAAGCUACCGUUGAUUCCGACAGCGAACAAACCUUUGCCGCUUUGGCAGGCUCGCCUAGGUCGCAGACCAAACAGAGAAGAAGCUUGCACCGCACGCUUCGAGAGUCGCGCGGUAGCUCAACACACCGACGCACUCACAAGAGCAGAGACUCUGCAUCAACCAUUGCUAGUGACAUGACUGAAAGUGAGGGACUGGCGCGCGGCAAGGGCAGCUUCACUGUCCAUGGCAAGAAAGCGUCCGUUAUUCAAUUCGGUUCUGAUUGGCACAACAUGACAGCCGAAGAGCGACUCAAGACCAAGAAGCAGCUCCAAGAAGCAGCCGAGGCAGCAUCUGCUGAUGAAAGAGAUGGCAGCAUCUUUAACGGCGGCACAGCACCUGCUUGGUCUCCAGGAAGCGACGGUAUGGAUCCCCUCGCUGUUCGGAAGCUCUCUGCAGAUACGACCAAGCAGCGGCACGUGUCGUCUCAAACCAUAACCCCUGCCAACUUUCGUGAGUCGUUCAAGGUUGAGGAUUCCGAGCCGAAUAGCCCAUCGGAAAUGAGUGAUAUUGCUGAAGAGUCGACGCCUAACCCGCGAACUCCAGAUGCCACCAAGGCCAAGAGUCCCCUUGCUGAGCGCGCUGAGCGACAUGCCCAGACGACUGCAGUUUAGUUUUCAUUAGUUAAUACCUUCUUGCAUUCUUUUGGAUUUCAAAAGUGGAUUUAUAGCAUGCUAGCAUUGCUUCAGCGGAUUCCCGUUUCUCCUUUGUCAAUUCUACAUACUUUUCUCGGAGCUCAUAUGCACCUUCAUAUCUAGCAUGGCGUACUUAGGCAUUGCACUGAAACGCAACAGGGGCGCUUUAUAUGCAUAGACGGACUUUCGGGUGAUGGCGUUCUGUUGAGUACACGACCCAUUGAAGCGAUUGGGGUUGGGAUAGUGCGCACGACUGAUACCAAUGUGAAUGCUGUGGCAUAUUUAGUUUAGAUUUUUUGU